AGAGAGAGAGAGAGAGGUAGCUAGGGGUGAACGGUGCACUGCAGAGCACACACCCAAACUCACUAUAAAUUCAGAGGAGCAGUGUGUGUGUGUGUGUGUGUGUGUGUGUGUGUGUGUGUGUGUGUGUGUGUGAAAGAGGCAGGAUGUGACUGCUGAGUCAGUUAAACUGUAGUACGGAGGCAAGAAUGGUCAGAGAGCAAUGCAGCAGCCAAAAGAAACUGGACAGAUGAAAAACUUCUCUCAGCAACUCAGGAUGGACAGAACACAGCCACGUUAACCAUGACGACGCCAAACCACCAUCAGGAUCAGGAUCGCUAGCCUGAGUUACAGCUGUAAGUCAAAGUCCAACGGUGGUGUCACAAACUACGAGGCUCAGGAUCGUGUAAAAGUCUGAGCGAUGGAGAGAGAACAUCGUUUCCAUCUCAGAAAUAAGUCAGAAGUAGUGACCAUGGCGGCUCUGUACCGCGUGGCUGUGUGUGGUGGUACCCAUGGCAACGAGCUGGCGGGGGUUUACCUGCUCCGCCAGAACAUGAGGAGGAAGCGGAAGGGUAGCAUGGCGGAUCCGGUUACCAUGGUAACAGUCAUGACAAACCCACGUGCUGUGCAGCAGUGUGUUCGUUACACGGAGAUGGACCUCAACUGCUGCUUUACACACACUACACUGAGUGCCCCUGUCUCUGAUGUCACCCCGUAUGAGGUUGUUCGCGCUCAGGAGCUCAACGCUCUGCUCGGUCCUAAAGGAGACUCUGCAGCGGUGGAUCUUCUCUGUGAUCUUCACAGCAGCACUGCGAACGUGGGCCUCUGCCUCAUCACUCACUCUGACAGCGACUGGAUCUGCCUGCACAUCUGUAAACACCUGCAGAGGGAAUUGGCCACCAUUCCAGUGCGGUAUGUCCACUAUGACGUUCCUAAGACUGAGACUUACACACUGCACUCUGUCGGGAAACACGGCUUUGCGAUGGAGGUCGGUCCUCAGCCACAUGGCGUGAUCAGAGCCAACAUUUUUACUGCCAUGCAGGAAGCUGUUCAUCUCACACUUGAAUGGGUUCGUCUGUUCAACUCAGGAACUCAGUUCGAGGGCGGCUCAGUGGACGUUUAUACGAUGGUGGAGAACAUAAAAUACCCUCAAGAUCCUCACACACACACCAUCAGUGCUGCUGUGCAUCCAGAACUACAGGAUAGAGAUUUCUGUCUCCUGCACCCAGGUGAUCCAGUCUUCCUCACUUUCACUGGAGAGACUCUGAGGUACAAAGGGAAAGAAGCACUCUAUCCUUUCUUCAUCAACGAGUGUGCGUUUUACGAGACGGGUGUCGCUCUGUCUCUAGCGAGGAGAAGGAAGGUGGAGAUUCCAGCCAUACAAUGCAGUAAAAGGUGAAGGACAUAAUUCGCAAAGAAAGACCAGAAAUAGAGACUGGGAUUCUUAAAUAAGAUUCUUGAAGGUUUCUAGUCGCAUCACAACCCAUUACCCCACACUCCAAACCUCAAAACCUUUACUGUGAUCAAAACCUCCUUCUUCAACUCCUAGCCCUAACCCCUAAACACUACCCUAACCAUGAUACACCAAUUAUCUAACUAGAAUGCUAAAGUCUUUACAUGUUUAUCGAGUCAUGUCAGUGAUGGAAAUCACAGUAUUUAAUGUCUGGAAUUUCCACUGAAGAACAGAUGAAAAACCUCAUUGAGUGAAGAAGCAGCUUCAGUCUAUUCCUUGUUAUGGUGAGGUAGUAGUUUGCCACUUAAA